CGCAAGGCACAAGUUCCUCCGCAGACAACCGUAGCAGCAAACAUGGUGAAGGUGACCGAGUUCAAGGUGGGCAUGACGUGCGACGGCUGCUCCAGCGCCUGCACGCGCAUCCUGACCAAGAUCGAGGGCGUGACGAGCGUCAAGUGCGACGUGGAGAAGCAGCAGAUCCUGGUGGAGGGCGACGCCGACGAGAACGCGAUGCUGGAGGCGCUGCAGAAGUGGUCCAAGGCCAGCGGCAAGAGCGUGGCGCUGGCGUAAGUCCAUCUCGCUGUCUCCUCCGUCCGCGAGCCCUUCUCCUCCUUCUCCUCCUUGACGUCUCAAGUGCUCCGACCCCCACUCGUUGAAUUACCGCGCCGCGCCUCGCAUCGCAGCAAGCGCCGAAGCUGAACUGGGGAAAUUAAGACAAUCGAAGAGUUUUUUUUAGCGUGCGAACUUGUGCGCUGGCAUGAACCUUGUCCUCUGACGCAAGGAUCCCUC